CCAGAAAAAACCGUUGGUUUCAUUUCUGCACCCGAAAGGAAUCGCUUGACUUCUUCUCCUUCUUCCUCUCUUCCAAUGUUCAUCAACCCAAAAUUCAACAAAAUUAAGCAUAAUUUCACCAUUUAAUUACUAAUUUAUUCCUCUAAUUUCAUAAAUUGAUCUGUUACUACUUGUUUGGCUAGCGGGAAAAUUGUGAGAGAAAACGCGAGAAAAAAAAAAGAAGAGAGCGUCCGUCGGAUGACAUGUCGUGGAUUAGAAAUGCCGUGAACCUGGCAGUGGAAGCAGGGGCCACCAACACCCUCACCCGUACCGUACGAAACUACGCGGACACUGUCGUCCUCCACGCCGGCAAUGCCGUCGCCGGUGCCAGACUCCUCCUCCCUGACCGCAUUCGUCCGAGAAAUUUACAGAGUUUUAAGCACACUGCGAAAAGAUUGGAAGAAGUUUCUGUUUCUUGUAGAGGUGUAGAAAGGGUUCAGCUGCUGCGGAGGUGGUUGGUUGCACUUAAAGAAAUUGAGAGAUUGUCCACCCUUUACAAUGCGAGUAAUGAAAAGGGUCCCGAAGACCACCUUAAUUCUGAUGAGUCCACAGAUUCCCCAAGAAAACCUACCCUGGUUUAUUACGUAGACUCUGAUGCUGGAGAUGAACUGAAAACUUUUCGUGAUGUCUUUCUUCAUAGCCAAGCUCUUGAAGGCAUAACAUUGUCCAUGAUUCUUGAAGAACCAAAUGAGGAAGAAGUUUCACUACUUUUGGAGAUAUAUGGGCUCUGUCUCACAGGAGGGAAGGAAGUACAUAAUGUAGUAAUGAGCAGCGUACAGAAUUUGGCAAUUGCACUUUCAUACUAUCAAGAUGAAGUACUGAUAAAGCGAGAAGAAUUGCUCCAAUUUGCUCAAGGCGCAAUUGCAGGGCUGAAAAUAAAUGCAGAUCUUGCAAGAAUAGAUGCUGAAGCCUGCAGUAUCAGGGAAGAACUUGAUAAAUUGAUGGCACACCAGAAGCCUCUGAGUGAAGGUUGUGAAAAAUCCUCUGAGAAGGAAAGAGAUGCAACAAUAGAGAAUUUAAAAGAUGCGCUUGUGGAAAUUCAACUCUGUUCCAGGUUGGAGGAUCUGUUACUAAAGAAGAAAUCAUUGGGCAAUGGGGACUCACCUGAGCUGCAUUCUGAAAAGGUUGAGAAAUUGAAAAUAUUAUCAGAAUCUCUUGCCAACUCCACUUCACAAGCUGAAAAGCGCAUUUCAGACCACAGCAGGUUUCAGAAAGAAGAAGCACUCAGUUUUCGUGUAGCUAAAGCUAAUGAAGUAAGCCAAAUUGAGAAGGAACUGGUAGCAGAGAUCGGAAAACUUGAGAGGCAAAGAGAAGAACUCCAAAGUGAAUUGAAAAAGGUGAUUAUCACGUUGAAUGCCGUUCGUGCACGCCUUCACAAUGCAAGGGAAGAAAGAGAGCAAUUUGAUGAAGCAAGCAAUCAGAUUCUUGUACACAUAAAAGCAAAGGAAGAUGAGCUAUCAAGAUCUGUCGAUUCAUGUAAAGCAGAAGUUGAUGUGGUCAAUACGUGGAUUAGUUUUUUGGAAGAUACCUGGGUUCUGCAAUCCUCAUACACGCAUCAAAAGGAGAAGCAGGUCAAUGGCGAACUGGAGAGAUAUGGAGACUAUUUUGUGAAUUUGGUAAUCCAACUUCUCUCUACUUACAAGGAAACCUUAGGAUCUUCAAUCACUCGCAUCAGGACUCUUGUGGAGUGCUUGAACUCAAGUAAAGGAGCAAAUAUAACUGGCAUAGAUGAUGGAAGUUCAAAAGAAAGUAACCCAAGGAAAAAUCUUGAAGAGGAUUAUGUGGACAUGGAAGCCAAGUUUCUGAUUACCUUAAGUGUAGUGGAUACCAUGAAAAAGCAAUUCUACGUUCAAACCGAAGGCAUUUUCAGGAGAGAUGAUCAGAAGGUCAAAGAACUCUUUGAUGCCAUCAAAAAUUUGAAAGACGAAUUUGAAUCCAUUGACAGACCAAUAUUGGAGAUUGAAGCUUCACCGCGAAGACCAGAGACGCCCUCUAGUGAUAGGGCCAGUACAAGUCUGUCUCCUACCGCUAACUCUCCAUUGACAACUGGGACUCCAGAACUCAAACAAGAAGAAGUUUCAAAUUCUUCCUCAACUAAGGGGGAGACACUGGACCCAAAGGAAGAUAUGAAGCUAGGGCUGGAACUUGGUAAGACCAAUCCGUUGACCACCGGGACUCCAGAACUCAAACAGGAUGAAGUCUCCAAUUCUUCCUUCAUCAAGGGGGCAAAUACACUAGACAUGAAGGAAGAGUUGCCAAAACUAGACCCUGACAUUGGGAAGGCCAAUCCAACGACCACUGAGACUCCAGAACUUAAAAAGUAUGAAGUAAAUGAAGAACUGGCAAAACUACAGCCAGAACUUGGGAAGUUUGUCAAAGAAAUCUCAGCGGAUGAGAUUAGCGAUAUGGUGUUUGAUGAACUCAAAAGGGAAAUGAAAAGAAGUAGCUGACCAGCAAGAUAUGUAUGCCAAAUUCAUACGGUGGAAUAUGCAUUACCAGUGCAUAUUGAUCUUAUACCAUUGCAGGUUUAUGACAUUUCUUGUUGAAGAAGCAAAUUUGUAGGUCUCUUUCGACGUGAGAUGUAACGCUAUGUAUCUACAGACGACACUUUUCAUAGGUUGUAAAUAUAUAGUUGACAAACAUUGGAGUUGCUUGGGUCUCUUGAUGCUGUGUGAAUUCUCUGAUCAUUUGAAGAUGUAGAUAAUACCUUAAAAGUUAAAAGUGAACUAUA